UUUCUUUUACUAAUUACUUUUUAAACAGUUAAUAAUAAUCGAAGUCUAAAAUAUCUACACAUAAGAUUUUCCCUAGUUUUAAUGUAAAAUGUUGAAGUUUAGCGUGGUCUUGAUUUUGUCAUUGGGCAUUUCCUCGGCGCAAAUAACUAGUGUAGAAAAUGCUGAUGGUUCAUAUUCAAUAGGCAUAAAUUCAUUAGGACAAGGUAAAAUUGCCGAUUCGGUUUUAGGACUUUUAUCGCAUGCAUCAGGAUGGACACCAACUUCACUAAAGCAUACUCAAUUAGAUAAAGUAAUUGCUCCUAGCAAUGACGAAAUAACGACACCAUUAAAACGAUCAGUGGAGCAUUUGGUUCAAAUUUUUUUGUUAAUUUUGAAAGAAAAUCCUUAUAUAAUUAACAUUUACAGCAGACUGUUUUCAAUUAUAUCUGAUUAUCUUGCUUAUGUAUUUAAUAAUUCUGAUAUUUCAGUGAAUAAAUGGUAUAUGAAACGAUUUGGACACAAGUAA